UAUCUUUAUACGACCGGUGCUUCUGUGCAGGUUCCGCUGCAUGUGCUGACAUCAAGGUGCUUGGAGGACUCAUACAUUGAACUGUUUUUAUAAUUAACAUUAUUGUGAACUGUUGUUGCUCGUGCCAGCUUUCUGUUUUCGUCGCAGCAUUUCGUUUUGCCGGGAAAAGCAGUGAGUUGUGUCGCGCAUAAGUGAUUCCAUCGGACAUCUAAACUUCUAAUUUUUACAAUUACUGCAUAAACUUUCGAUUGCUGUUUAAGCAAAGUACUAUUUUAGACGUUAGGAAUAAGAAAAUGGUCAUGGAGGCAUCCCCUUCUCCACAAAAUGUCGGUCGUGAAUUUGUCCGACAAUAUUAUACUUUGCUUAAUCAAGCUCCAGCACAUCUUCAUAGAUUCUAUAAUCAACAUUCUUCCUUUGUGCAUGGAGGAUUAGAUUCAAAUAGAGAAUCAACUCCUGCAAUUGGCCAAAAACAAAUACAUCAAAAAAUACAACAAUUAAACUUUCGUGAUUGUCAUGCCAAAAUAAGUCAAGUGGAUUCACAGCUUACUCUUGAAAAUGGUGUUGUUGUGCAAGUAUCUGGGGAACUAUCUAAUGCUGGACAGCCAAUGCGCCGUUUUACACAAACAUUUGUGUUGGCCAUACAAGCACCAAAAACAUAUUAUGUACAUAAUGACAUAUUCCGUUACCAAGACUUGAUCUUUCCUGAUGAGGAAGAAGCAGAUGUAGGUGGUGUAGAGGGAGGUGUUGGUGAGUCUGGAGAGAGGGAAGGAGAAGAGGGAGGACGUUCUGAACCAGAAGAAGAUGAACAUCAAAAUCGAGGACAACAACUUUCAACACCAGCUGCAUCUACCGAACCUCAAGCACAGCCACCGCUUAUUCCUGCACAACAACCCGUACUUCAACAACAGCAACAAAUGUAUUAUGCUCCACCACCACAACAGACUCAUGUACAUCCUGUAAUGCAACAAGUUCUAAAUGGAUCAGUUCACGAAGAAACACCACUAAUCAACCAACAACCGCCAUCUACACAACAGCAGCAACAACCACCUCCACCACCUGCACAGCAGCACCAAUAUGUAACUGAACCCACAUCACAAACACAAUUUGUACAAGAAACGGAAUUGGAUACCACAGUUGAGCAACAACAACAAACAGAAAGUGAACCUCAGGUUCAAACAAGUGAGACUCGUGAACAACCCGAGACUGAAACAUUUACCGCUUCUGUACAAGAAUCCGAACCAGAACAUCAAGUGACAAAUACAAAUGUGACCAGUAGUGGACCGAAGACAUACGCUAAUCUUGUGAAAUCGUUCCCCACUACUACUGGCGCUACUAGUCCUCAAGCUCCCAAAUUGUCUAUGUCACCGCCUCCAAUGACAAACUUGCGUUUAGACGAUAGAUCACCGUUACAUCCAACUAGUAGUGGACCUGCACUUUCUACAUCAACUAGUGUUUCUACUCCACAGCAACAGGCUCAUAGAGUUGGAAAUCAGCAGCCACAGCAACAGCAACAUCAACAGCAAAGAGCUCCAAGAGGAGGAGCAGUACAACGAGAUGGCGAUCGUCGUGGUACAAGGCAAAGUCAAUAUAGUGAUGCUCACCAACUGUUUCUUGGAAAUCUACCGCACAAUGCAUCGGAAGAUGAUUUACGUCAAGUGUUUGAAUCUUAUGGUAGGGUAGUAGAGUUGCGUAUACACAGUAAAUCAAACGAUAGGUGCAAGGGGCCACAAGGAAAUAACACGGGGAAAGUGCCUAACUAUGGAUUCAUCACUUUUGAAGAUCAACAAGUUGUUAGCAAAGUGUUACAGAACUUGCCGAUCUAUUAUCCUGCUGAAAAUGGACAAAAAUUAAAUGUGGAAGAGAAGAAAAUAAAGCCUAGAACGAUGGAAGGCAGUGGUGGUCGGUUGAAUUCUAACGACGGUAACAUGAGGACAAUGGGAGGACAACAGCAACAACAACAACAACGAGGUCCAGGCGGACCUGGAGGCAUGAUGAGAGGUGGUCAGCAUGGUACGAGAGGUGGUCGCGGUGGAUUUUCCCGAGGUGGUGAUGGUACAAGGGGUGGUGGUGGAAUGCGACAGUCUGGUAAUCCAAGCAACCUAAGUUACCAAAAUCGCCGUUAAUAUUUCAAACAACGUUAAAGGCACUUCCCAGUUUUUUUCUCCGUGAACAAGUCAUCGGUAUAUAACUACCAUCCUCAUUUCUAAACUCAAAAUCCAGGACUAUUUCGUAUGCCACACAACGUGAUUAAAGGCGCUAUCCUUUUACGCUUAAACAUCGCUUGCAUCGUUUGUCAAGCAACAACUAUAGAUGACGUAGCUCAAAUUGUAUGGAACACGAACUCGAGUAGAGUAAUCGGGUUAUCGCAUUUAAGCUAAGUUCGUCGUGUUCGUGAAUAAGGAAUAAUGAUUUAGUAAAAUAAUUCAUUGAACGUUCAACUGAGUUUGUUGGAUAUUUGAUGAAGUAAAUACUACGAGUUCGUCCUUCAUACAUCGACGUCAGGCAAUUUACAAGACUCUACGAUGAAAACAAAACUGCAUCCACUUGCAUAAUAUACAUAUAACAGAGCGACGCGUGAUAUCCUCUUUAGAAAUAUGGGUGUGUUUUUAUCCCCUGAUACAUAACCCACGUUUCUUAGAAGCAAAACAUCCAAGAAACAAAAUUGUUGCCAAUUUUUGUGAUAGAGUGCAGAAGAAAACUCGAACCAAGGGACAAGAAAAAGCCAUCGGAACACGUGUGCGGCAUAUAAAGACAAGAGACAGUGUUAGAAAUAUACAUCAUACAUACACAUACAGAUAUAUGUCGAACUAGGGUUCGGUAACGUACCUUUUGUUUUCUUUUGGAUGAAUAUCACGAAAGUCAUACGUCGCUCUUUUAGUUUUCUCCGUUUGCCAAUCGCAUUAAGGAGAUACAAGCGGUGCGAAUUCCGCUAUCGUAUACAUAAGUCACGAGCCAAACUAAACGAAAUUAAAACGAGAGGAUACGAAUCGUUUUAACUAUGGAAUAUCGUCGUACAUUUCAUAUGCUCUCGAGUUAAUUCAUUGACUGCCGAUGAAACGUUCCACCUACAUGUAGAAAGUCGGCAAUAAUGUUUAUAGGUGGUAGUUGGUCGGUGUUGGUUAACGAGUAGAGAACUGCGGCUGUUCUGUGGUCGCAUACAAAAGACACAGUCGAUUUUUUUCAUAAAACAUGGCCAACUAUCAAUCGACCGGUAUCGAUUGAUAGUGGGGCUGAGUACCCUUAGACUGCAGCUGGUCUCGCCGUUUCCUAAUUCAUCCGCGUGUCGCUUAUGCUCUAUUUUGUUCCAAUCUGCUGAUUUUUGUUCGACUUUCUUUUUCUAUUACUUAUACAUCUUUGCGUGUUAGGCUCCUGCUUUUUCUUCUUACGUUGAUCUUGGCUUCUUUCUUAUUUACUCUUCUUCUUUUAUCGAUCUCUUGUUCCUUUUUUUUAUCUUUUUCUUUUUUUAGGUCAUAUAAUGAAGGACAAUGAUAAUUCAAAAUUGAAAUUCGAUGGUUGAGUUGAAUCGAUUAUCGUAUAAUACGUGAACGAGCUUAAUAGUCUCUGGUGAUCGCAGAACUCGCAGUGCGCUGCUAAAAUAGAGAAACCUAGUACCGUUAUAACAACACAAAAUUUUAGCUUAACUUUGUGCAAAACGUCGUAAUUACAGAAAGUUGUCGGAAAAUUAACGAUGUAUAUUGAUAAAAAACAAAAAAAUUU